AUGAAUAUCGGAGACAUCCACACCAACAUAAGUAGCGGCCGCAGCAACCACAACAACUACAACAGCGUCAACAACACUAACUACAGCAUCGAGGACGAUGAAGAGGAAUGUAUCUUAUCAAGCCAGGCAACGGCUAUCAACGCCGCAGACGAAAGCGCGUCGAAUAAAACUCGAAAAUGUUCAUUCAAGGUGAAAUUAUUCUGGGCAGAAAUUGUGAUGUUCAUGUACGCAUUUUGCGACUUUCCAUCAAACCUGGUCUCACAGAAGUACACUCUAGAUUGGAUUGCUAGGUAUAACUGGAACCAGGACACCCUCAACAACGUUACGCAUAACUUUUCCUUAUUCGAUAACACGUCGGAUGUUGAUCCGUGUCGGUCGAAUAGUUCGUCACCGGAGUAUGCCUUCAACCAGAGAAACCAAUGGAUGACUUCGUAUUAUUUUAUCCUGAGAACGAUCGUUUGGGUUGCUCCGGCUAUCGUCAGCAACUUGGUGCUUGGAUCUGCCAGUGAUAAGUUGGGCAGGAAAUGGGUCUUUGUGCCCCCUGUCUUGGGGGGGUUUGUCAUGUCGGUGGCUCUCAUCUUCAUCACGUACUUCAAGGCCAGCAUAUUCUACCUCCUCCCAUUUGACAUCCUUGUGGGAUUCAGUGGAUCGUUCGGUUGCAUCCUGCUUGCUUCAAAUGCCUACGUCAUGGAGCAAACAACCUCGAAAAACAGAUUGUUCCGACUGGCCAUCCUGCAGUUGUUCUACAUGACUGGGGGGUCUGUCUCUCCAUUCAUCAUGGGACCUCUCGUAACAUACGUGGGGCCCGUUUUGACGAUGCUCAUAUCUUCAUCGGUGUCGCUCUUAAGUCUCCUCUACUGCCUCUUCUUUGUUCCGAAGAAGAAGGAGGCCAUUAACUCCGGGAUUUCGUCGGUCGAUGCUGAUGAAAAUCUCAUCGAUAACGAUAUCAGUUCGCCCCUUCCCAACAGCAUUUCGCAAGCGAGUGUUAACAGCAGAACGACAACUUCGAAUGAAGUGUUAGAUGACGACGUAGAACUGAUUCAAAACGUCACACCGCAUUCCAGUUCCGUGUUUUCUUUGAUGUCCAGUUAUAUUAAAGACACCUUCAGCGUGUAUUCCAUAAAAAAAAGAAAACCGAUCAGAAGCCCAUCGCCGAGCAAUUAUGGUACUGUAACGAAUGGUACUUUAACGAAUAGCACUGCAACAAGUAGUAGCAGCUGUGAGAAGGAAGAAACAGCGGAGAAUUCCUACAAACUCCGUAUCCUUCUUCUGGCUUUCUUCAUCAUUAUAAUUUCGGCAUUUGAUGCUAUCAUUGGGACGCUUUUUGAAAUGAACAGUCCUUUGUGUUGGACUCCUAGUACGAUUGGUAUAUAUACCGGUGUAUCGGUUUUAGCUAUGGCAGUCGGAUCUUUAGUAAUGACUCCAUUAUUCGAGCGGUUUUUCAGUCACAUCACAAUUGCAAUCAUUGCCUCAAUUGCCUGCGCUGGAACUAGGAUCUACUUGUAUUUCGUUAGAAAUACUUUGAUGAUGUUUCUCGGAGCUGCGUUGUCGGUGUUCAACCUCAUGUUGAUUCCAAGCAUUCGGACGAUGAUGACACUCCUUGUUCACCAAUCCAAACAUGGGGCUAUCCUUGGAUCAAUCGAAGCUGUCGAAAUUUUGUGCUGCCUGCUGGCUAGUGUGCUGUUCAACACGGUGUACUCUGCAACUCUCAUGAUUUCAACUGCAUUCGUCUUCCUAAUUUCCGCCGGCAUAUUCUUACUUGGGACUAUAAUACUCAUAUUUUACAGAGUUAAAUACGGAACCUCUGAGAAGAUCUUAGUGGACAGUCCACAAGAAAUAACAAGUGCAAUAGCUUGA